GUGAGAUCCGUGAGAUUCCCGUGGCUGCGUUAAUUAUUCGCGCGAACCCCUCCCCCCCCCCUCGAACUCAAAACACACAGACACAUAUAAACAUACGAAUUUUGUUAUUAUUUUUUGUUCUGGUGCGGUUCGUGGGUGGAAAAAGUGUUGGAGAAUGCAAUAAAGAACAAGAGUGCUAUAGGAGACGGAGAAAAAACACGUAGUGCGCGCCCCAAAGGACGAGCGUUUGCAAGACUCAAAACACACGUACUCGCACGCGGGAUUGAUUUCAAUGUGCGGAAAAGCAAGGGAAACGGAGCGGGGGGGGUCGGCGAUCUUCGGCUGCGUGUUGCCGAAAUCCUAGUGUUAAAUAAAAAACAAGAAUCGUUGACCAAAGGCUAAAAAAAUUAACAUAAAAAAGAAUUAAAAAUAAAGCGCAGGGUAGAUUUUCUCGUAUCUACGGUCCUGGUGAAAAUAUCGAAGAAUCUUCCUCUCUUUCUCGCUCCCACGUCCCCUCGCCUAUUUCCCUCUCUCUCUCUCUCUCUCUUUCCCUCUCUUUCCUUCCCUCUCGCUUCCUCGUGAUCGGGCGACUACGAGGCUCAACAAGAUUCCUCGGGAAAACUCAACAAAUUGUUUUUUUUUAUUUAAAAUGGAACUUCGGUUGCACUCGCCAGCAGGAGCGGAACCCAUUGUUUAUCAGUGGCCACUCACUUCCGGUUCUGGAUCGGAUCGUCAUGACGGGGCCUUGGACGUAGUGGAGACAAUGAGAUGGGUUUGCGAGGAUUUGCCAGAUUUGAAAUUGCCACUCGAAAACAAUAUUCUAUGCAGUUACGACACGAGGGAUUUUGAGAGCAUGAAAAGCCUCUGCGACAGAUUCAACAGAGCCAUUGACAGUCUCGUACAGUUGGAAAAAGGAACGAGUUUGCCUUCGCAACGAUUGAACAAGCGUCCGAGCAGAGGUUUGCUACGUCACAUAUUGCAACAAACGUACAAUCAAGCUGUCGUCGAACCUGACAAAUUGAAUCAAUAUGAGCCUUUCUCACCGGAAGUUUACGGCGAGACGAGCUAUGAAUUGGUUUGUCAAAUGAUCGAUCAGAUCGACGUCACUGAGGAUGACGUUUUCGUCGAUUUGGGCAGCGGUGUUGGACAAGUUGUUCUCCAAAUGGCGGCUGCAACACUUUGCAAAAUUUGCCUGGGUGUCGAAAGGGCCGAUGUGCCAUCGAAAUAUGCUCAGAGUAUGGAAAUAAAUUUCCGCAAAUGGUUGAGCUGGUACGGCAAACGUUGCGGAGAAUAUCGUCUAAUAAAGGGAGAUUUUUUGGCGGACGAGCAUCGUGAAAGUAUAACAGGAGCGACUAUAGUAUUUGUAAAUAAUUUUGCAUUCGGGCCAACGGUCGAUCAUCAGUUGAAAGAAAGAUUCGCUGAUUUGCGAGAUGGAGCUCGUAUCGUAUCGUCCAAAUCAUUUUGUCCACUUAACUUUCGUAUUACCGACCGAAAUCUCAGUGACAUAGGUACGAUAAUGCACGUGUCGGAGAUGUCGCCGUUGAAGGGAUCAGUAUCUUGGACGGGUAAGCCGGUAUCGUAUUAUCUACACGUGAUAGAUCGGACAAAACUGGAGCGUUAUUUCCAUCGUUUGAAGAACAACAAGCAGGGUGGUCUUGACAUUGAGAAUAACGAUUCUGUGAUAAGCAACACUGCCAGCAAUAGUAGUAAGGUGUCAGCUCGUUUGGAGCGAAGCGAAAGAUCGAAACGUGAUUUCUUGCGUCAAUUGGACAGCCCGAAUAAUUCAGAGCAGCUUGGUAGCGGUAGCGACUCUGAUUUGGAUGAGAAUAGCAUGAAAACCCGUCGUCAACCUUCGAAGAUACGUAGAAAAUUGAGUAGAAAAGUCGGCGCUGGCAUUGGCAGACCCGCAGCCCGAGGAAGACAACGUGGACGAGGCGUUAAAAAAGCUAAACCUAAAAAAACAAUCAACAUAUCCGGCUUGGAUCUUUUGCACAGUCAGACUUUAUUAAGCACAUCCCCACAAGCGAUUGGUAAAAAAUUACCUCCUGCUCCUGGCUGCGUCGAUCAACAUUUGUCUUCUUUAUCGCUUUCUCUUCAACCGCAUACAGCCACUGUACACGAAGAACUCAGCAUACCUGCAGCUCCAUCUGCAACUCCUUAUGCUCUUCAGAUUCUCCUCGAUUUGUACAGGGAUCAAUUCAUGUCGAUACUGGAGUCUAUGAGAACGCCUUCAUAUCGAAUAUCGGUGAAUACCGAUUUAGCGAAAGAACGAGAACGUAAUUCGAAGCUACAAUCGCGAGCAGCACAGCUUGAAAAACAAAUAAAAGUAUUGAUUGACGACAGCGUAGCGCUUCUGAAAGCGAGGAUGACGGAGCUGGGUAUAAACGCAACGUCACCAGGCGAUUUACUCGCUAAAGCUAAAGAAAUCGUACUUCGUCACAAGCAGUUACAAGCGAAAGCAAGUAAGUUGCAGGCUCAGGUGUCAUCGAUGGAAACGGAACAGUCACGACUGUCAGCAUUGCGACACCAGGAGCUUCAAGAAAAAUACAAUAAUCACGGGAAUAAUAUUCCACCUCCGCCCCAACCACUCACUCAGGACUAUAUUCUGAAGGAAAUAUCAACGACUCUCUCGCAACGAAAGAAAUUACACUCACAGGUUUCGAAGUUGGAGCAUGAAUUGAACGUUCUGGAACGUGCUACCAGCGAGAAGCAGGCAGCAGCUCUCGUGCAACAGCAGCGCGAGGCUGCAGUAAGUAAACUAUCGCAAAAUCAUCAUCAGCAACAAAACGGUAAAGCGGGCACGUCUCGCAAGAACCGUGAGGGUCGUUCGAGGUCUCAAGAGUGGCCAGAUGUUCCGGACAUCGGUAAAAUCCAGGAAAAUAAUCCAGAGAUAUUAGCGCAGAAAAUUUUGGAGACUGGCAGACAGAUUGAGGCUGGUAGAAUUCCAAACAGACAAGGGUCUCUAGGUAAUAAUUCGAACAACUCGCGGGCGAGGUUGCCUCAAGCUACCUUCAGUUUUGCGUCCUCAAAUGGUCCACCAACGUCACAAGCUCAAGGCAACUCUAGAGAACCAGCCAAUCGAGUUCAGGAACCGCCAAGGGUUGCUAACUUCGAGGACAGACUUAAAAGCAUUAUUACUAGUGUAUUGAAUGAGGAUCAGCAAAAUCGGAGUAAACAACAGCAACAACAACAACAACAGCAACAACAACAACAACAGCAUCAACAACAACAACAACAACAACAACAACAACAGCAGCAGCAGCAACAGCAACAGCAACAGCAACAACACCAGCAGCAACAGCAACAACAACCAACGCCAAUGCAAGCGCAGCAAGGACAACUAAGUGAGCCUGACCGGAAACGAGUUGCUCUGCCAUCGAACGUUACUACUCCCGAUUAUACUCAGGUGUCUCCAGCGAAAUUGGCACUUCGCCGACAUCUAUCGCAGGAGCGUUUGACGUCUCACAUGACGACAACGGAAAGAUCGACGAUUGAUCCACGACAGGGAAACCACGAGAAUCGCGUCGUUCAGGGUGGAGGAUCGGGUCUGUUGGGAACAAGAACGAUCGGUGAUCUUGUGAGCGGUGAGAUCGAAAGAACCUUGGAAAUAUCGAAUCAGUCGAUAAUAAAUGCUGCGGUUGACAUGAGCGCGAUUAUUCGACCGGAAGCGGUUUACUCACCGAUCAGCAGACCUGCCAGUGCGGAAGGUGAAACGGGACUGGCAACAUUGGCCCAUGUCGCUAGUUACGCCCCGACCUCUUCCGCCGUUUCUACCCCAACACCCUCUGUCUCCUCAAGGUCAUCCGUUCUAUUUACACCUGUCAGUCAGCCUCAGAGGUACACUCCGGUCCAGUUACCACGAGCCGAUAUAAAACCUUAUCACGAAUCUUAUUUCUCUGACAAUCCGAGCCAAACCAUUUCCCAAACUCAACCUGCGCCUCCGCUCCACUCUUCGAGCCAAUCAACUUCUAACGGGGAAUUGUUGCCCGUUGAAGGUCUCGCAGCUUCCCUACACGCCCGGAUACUCAACAAUCACACCGGUCCGAGUAAAAGUGAGCCGGUCGUUCCAAACGGAAGAAGAUACCAACCUUAUCCACGCUACUCGAGUAGCAACAGCAACAGCAGUAACGGCAGCACCGUGACGACACCCCCAGCACAACAAUCCUCGAUUUUAGUAAAAACCGAGAGCAACGUUUCGUCAGUGAGCACUAGUGGUGCACCUUUGAGUCCUCUCCUCGUCGAACCACAUUCCAACACUUCGACCCCUCUGGUCGAUGAGCCCAGUAUGUCGAAUCAGCGACAACGCAACGGGACCGGGGAGGACGAUGGAGAAGCCGACUGGCAAGAUCGAAUUAGUUCUGGCUUUGACCGAUUGGUAGCCUUCGCAUCGACAGAACUCGACAAACGUCGUAGAUCGACGGAAGGCGUUAAUACGAGUCCGGACAGUGGCCUGGGCUCGGACAGUGCUGUAAUUGGUCCACCACCGAUUGUACCAUCUCCCGAUGAGGCUCUUGGACCACCGAGAACUCCAUCUCCGACGAGUCCCCGACCGGCAACUACGUCCGGUGGUAACAACGGCUCGUCCUCCUCCUCUUCCUCUUCUUCAUCCGUGCCCCUCAAGUAUCAACGUCACACCGAUCCCGAGAGACAUCAUUUCAAAAAGAAAUUCUUUCAUCGAGACUGGAAUAAUGCUGGCAGUACGAGCAAAUUUCGCCCCAAGGGCAAAGAUUGGGACUGGCACAGUUCUGGACAAUGGCCCCCCAAUGGCGAUCAAUCUUAACCGGUUAGCCAUCAUCGAUGAAUCUUCAAAAACAGAAGGAAAGAGGGACAGAUGUAGGUAUCACACGUAAAGAAAACAGAAAACGUAAGACGCAAUCUUGCGUCACUUCGACAAGUGUUGGGUGCGAAAAUUUAGAUUAAUGUAUCAAGGAAGUUCCGUUAUUUCCGGUCAUGUCGGGCACGCGAACCAGAUCGUUUCGUCAAAUCAUACUGACACAGUUGACUGUCGUUUAAAAAAAAUUUUUUUUUUCUUUAUUUUCACAUUGGAUUCGACUGUAACGAAACGAUUCUGGAAGAAAAUUUUUCCAAUAUUUCCCGUCAUCAUCGGCGAUUUGAAUAACUUCAAAAUUGAAUAAAAUCAUCGAAAUUAGUGGUGCUUUAAAGCGUGAACGUUCUCGACUCAUUUUCCGAAUGUAAAUAUUGAUUAAACGGGUACUGCUUAUUUCGGUGCUAGCAGUUACGUUCCGAGUCUUUGAUGAUAUCACUCGGAUAGAAACGAUCAGUAAAGUGUACGAGUCGAUCGUUUCUGAAGAAUUGGUAAAUCUUUGAGAUUGCAAGAACCAAAAAGUAAUUUAUUUUUCGACACAUGACCAGGACAUGUUAAUGGCACUUCCUUAACGAUUCGUGCGUAGACGAGAGUGUUCGCUGGAAAAUGGCGUGUUAGGGGGAUGAAAAUGUAAUUCGGUACCUCAGCCGAUAUCGUCAUUCGCGAAUGUGACGAUUAUUGGAAAUUUGUCAAUUUCUCCGUGCUCUUAUCUAGCCGGACCAUAGUUCCGUAAAAAGUGAGCUCGUCGGAGAAACGCAUUGAAAAAUUAUAGUGUUUCACGAUUUUUAGAAUAUUUGUGUUUCGUGGUUAGUAACAGGAUUGAAAAAUUCAGUUAUUCGCCACUUCCAGGUCGUAAAUAAUCGCCUUGCCGACCGGUUUGGAAUUAUAUUUCAUGAUCAAAAUAGAUUUUCUUAUCUCAAAUGUAAUGAAAUUUUUGCCUCCGACUGUUAAAUCACAACUAAUGGUGGUUUUCAUUCGAUUGAUUGGGGGUGAUUUUUUCGGAACAUCUCAAAGUCGAUUCGAUUGAAAGUAGAGUGUAAAUACGUAAUUCAUACCGAAUCAAUGUAGGGAAUAAUUUUCCAUCCGUUUCUCCGGCCGAGUAUCGAGACUACAUAGCAUUUUUUUACGUAUACGUUUAAAAACGUGUUCGAUGCGGAUUUGUACCGUUUAUAUAGGAAGAAAAAAAUACGAAAUUUGAGAAGAAGUGAGAACGUGAAAAAUUGUGUGAUGUUUUUUUCGGUCGUAAAUUAAAUGCCAAAAUGAGAUUUAAAAAAAUUUCGUGAUUACCCAAAGUGGGCAAUCUCUCUUGAGUUAUUUCUAUGUUUUUUCGUCGCUGACGGCACAGCCGAUUCUUAAUGGCACGUAGACGAGUGGCGUCAUUUUCGGACCUCUAGGAAUCGGAUUUUCGUCGUCGCAACGAGAAAAUCCCAAAACCUUUGUGUGUUCGUUUUUCCGUUGGAAAAGAAGUUGAUAGCAAAGAAAAAGAAAAAAGAAACAUAAAAAAGCAACCGAGCUAAGAAAUAGGAUCUUUUUACAUCGCCAUUAUCUCACAUCGUUGAUGAACGAUCAUGACUGACGUGUUCACUGUUGUACAUAUAUAAAUUAUUACGCAGGAUUAUGGCAACAGACAAUAUAAUUAUUAUCUCUGGAAUCGACAAUGAAAAUGAAAAUAAUAACAAGAAACAAAAAUGUGUAAGAACAACAAAAAGAACAAAAAGACCAGCGUUACUUCAAGCGAAAUAAGAUUUACGUCGGUCUCGUGAACGAAGAUCAUUUUUUAUCAUACGAGUUUAACUGCAGCUACGGUUUUCUAAGAAAAUCAUUGUAAAUAAUGAAAUGAUACGAACAAUUAUUUCGUCACCACGAGCCAAGCAAUUCGUAACUAACCAUGCGAAAAAAAAUAAAUAAAUGGUAAUUCGACCCGGUUACCAAAAAACAGUCACACUCACAUUACUGUAAUGAACGAUCGUUCGGAUAAGCGCCCUCAUACUGAUUAGUACAUAUAGUUAUUGUGAUGUAGGCACCUGCCGACCUUAGCAUGUUACAUACACUGCCGAAACUUCUAUUAAUUAAUUUUAUUAUUGAUUAUGAUUAUUAUUUAUUGUUUUAUUGGAAUAUUUUAAUACUAAGGUUUUUGUAACUAUA